GAUUUCAGCACCAGAGCGAAGAUAAACAUAAUUGCGUAAUAUACUCAGCCCUCGUCACAUGACGAGGACUCACAAUUCAAGAUGGCUGCCGACAAUUUACCCACCGAAUUUGAUGUUGUGAUACUCGGCACAGGGCUGGCCGAGUCUGUCAUCGCUGCCGCAUGCUCCCGCGUGGGCCAGAGAGUGCUGCAUAUUGACAAGAGAAACUACUACGCUGGAAACUGGGCCAGUUUCACGUUUAACGGCCUGCUGGCCUGGAUCGAGGAGUCCAAGCAGGAACAGCAGAGAGAUGUAGACUCAGACGAUAGCUGGAGGGAGAAACUGGAGGAGGGGGAGGAGCCUCUGCUGCUGGGUACUGUGGACACAUCCGUCUCCAAUCUGCAGGUCUUCUGCUACGCUAGUGAGGAACCAGAAGAAGAGGAAGAGGUAGCCACUCCUGUAGCCACGCCCACCCCAGAGAGCCCAGCCACAUCUACAGAGGAGCGCCUGGCGCAGGGCCAUGCUGCAGCCACAGAGGAGACAGAUGCAGAAAGUGAGGCCCCGCCCACGGUAGACACACAGAGCGAAGCCACGCCCACCGAGGGGAGAGAGGCGCGAAGCCAGGCCACGCCCACCGAGGAGACUGAAGCUCAAAGCCAGGCCACGCCCACCGAGGAGACCGAAGCUCAAAGCCAGGCCACGCCCAUCAAUGAAACAGAAGCUCAAAGCCAGGCCACGCCCCUGGAGUCUCAGACACAUGUGGAGCCAGAACAGCAGGUUCAGAGGGAGGAGCCUGAGGGGGACCAGAGUACAUCCAAUGAGGGAGACUCUGCCCAGUCUGAAGAGCCCAUCCCCCCCAGCCCUGUGGAGACAAAGAAGAAGAAAAUCACCUACUCAAAGAUCCUGAAAGAGGGCCGCAGGUUCAACAUCGAUCUGGUGUCCAAGCUCCUGUAUUCUCGUGGCUCAUUGGUCAACCUCCUCAUCAAGUCCAACGUCAGCAGAUAUGCCGAGUUCAAGAACGUCAGCCGCAUUCUCACCUACCGGAACGGGAAGGUGGAGCAGGUGCCAUGUUCCAGGGCCGAUGUGUUUGGCAGUAAGCAGCUGACAGUGGUGGAGAAGCGAAUGUUGAUGAAGUUUCUCACCUUCUGCUCAGACUAUGAGCAGCACCCAGAGGAGUACCUGGACUUCUCCGAGCGCUCCUUCUGGGAAUUCCUGCAGACCAAGAAGCUGACGGAGAACCUCCAGCACUUUGUCCUGCACUCCAUCGCCAUGGUGACCCCAGGGGCCCGCACGGCGGAGGGGCUGAGGGCCACGCAGCACUUCCUGCGCUGCCUUGGUCGCUACGGCAACACUCCCUUCCUCUUCCCUCUCUACGGCAUGGGAGAGAUCCCCCAGUGCUUCUGCAGGAUGUGUGCCGUGUUUGGAGGGAUCUACUGUCUUCGGCAUUCGGUCCAGUGCCUGGUACUGGACAAGGAGUCCGGACGUUGUAAAGCGGUGAUUGACACGUGUGGACAGCGAAUUAGCUGCAGCCACUUUGUGGUGGAGGAGGGCUACCUCAGAGAGGAGCAGCGGAAAAACGUAACUUACAGGCAGAUUUCCAGAGCCGUCCUCAUCACUGACCGAUCUUUGCUUCCUUCUGAAUCUGAACAGCAGAUCUCCCUGGUUACGGUGCCCCCCCAGGAGACGGGGGGUCCUGCGGUUCAAGUUAUUGAGCUCUGCUCGUCCAGCAUGACGUGCAUGCCAGGCACCUAUAUGGUGCACCUCACCUGCCCCUCUUCCGGGACGGCCCAGGAGGACCUGGCGCCGCUGGUGUCCAGGCUUUUCGCAGAACCGCCCAGCGCUGAAGAAGAGGGCGAGGUGGACGGUGAGAAGCCGGUGCUCUUGUGGGCUCUGUACUUCAACAUGAGAGACUCUUCAGGCGUGGACAGGAGCAGCUACAGCCUGCCCAGCAAUGUGUACCCGUGCACAGGCCCGGACCCUGCGCUGGGGAGCGACAACGCCAUCGCACUGGCUGAGGCCGUGUUCCAGCAGCUCCUCCCAGACGAAGAGUUCUGCCCUCCUGCCCCCAAUCCAGAGGACAUCGUGUACGACGGGGAGGGGCCUCAAGGGGAGGGGGCCGGCUUUGGAGAGCCCGUCCAACCAGUUAGGGAUGGGGGGCAGGGGGAGGGUGAAGCUCGGGGUGAGGGUGAUGGGAAGGAGGAGCAAAAGUCGGAGUCAGAGCAGGACAAUGAGGGAUCGCAGAUGGGCGUGGCUGCGGAAGACCCGCCUCCUGCUCCUCCCACUGAAGAAUAGCCUGCCCCUCCCCUCUGUGACCACAUCCUGUGCUCCAAGCCCUGCCCCUUCCAUAUUCAGUAGUGUAGUUUCUCAGAGCUUCAGUUUACUUCUCCAGAAAGCCUUAUCUGUACAGCGCCUUCCCUGAUGAAGCCUGGCAGUGUGUGAGAAUGUAUCCAACACGCCCUCCUGUACACAUUCUGUGCUCAGGCUGAGUGCCGGCAUCUCCUCUCUCUGUCAUAGGGACAGACAGGGUGAUGCGCUACAGUGUUGUCUGGACAGAAAAGCAGCCAUUUUGGAUCUAAUGAACACGCAUUCCUUUUUUUUCUUUGUGGCUGUUUCUGCAGUACCAGGGCUUCAGGCUCUCUCCUCCGUUCCUUAACACACAACUUGCAUACGCACACGCGCACACACACACACAGACAUACACACGCGCACAGACACACACAAGCGCACAAUUCACUUUGUAACUGUGGGGUUCUUUGGCUUUUUAUUGCAGAAGUAAAACAGUUUAUUAGGGACUGGAACAUAUCCCCCAAUAUAUCGCCUGUCAGAGUUUCCCUGCCUUACCAGUUACCCCAUGCACCCCAUCACCCCUACUAACCACACUGCACUAUCCGUCUCCCCUGUGCUGUGCACUCCGAUACAUGACUGCACUGCCUAUGCCCCACUGUGCGGUCUGCACUGUGUUACCCAGCUGUGCUAUCAGUAUUCCGCUAACCCGCUAACGCUCUGUCUGACCCGUGCUGUGCUUUUCAGCACGAACGUGUCAUUUCAGGACCAGAGGGUCCCCAGGAUCCCCCCCCCCCACAACGCUGCAGCUGAGUGCCAUUUUACCACCUAUUUACAGUAUCAGAAUACAGCCAGCUCUUCAUCCUAUAUCGGUCUGUACUGUAUUGUGCUUUAUUUAUUAUCGGAUUUUAUUAUCGUCGUAUUUACCAUUGUGAUGAUUCCAUUUUGCAUUUAAACUGGAUGACAAUAAAUAUCUAAUGGCUUGCAUCA